GUAAAACGGUCGAUUAUUUUUGUGAACCGCCCCGUUCCCUCAUUUGAGGAAAGAAGCCGCUCACAUUUUGCUCCUCGCUCGCUUCUUGAUGGACAUUUGAAAACUUGACAGGUAUUGUGAAAGGAUUUGCUGCUUGUUUUUUCCGCCGUGUGUGAUGCUCGAGAGCAGAAAUAAGCUUUUCACCCUUCGCUGGGAACGGAAAAUUUUUGGUACGUCAUUAAUAUGGCGCCAAAAGAGUUAUAAGUGUUGCUUAUGUAGAGACAAUCUAGCCAGUUAGAUCGAGAUCUCCUUCACCUCUCCCUGUCCGGUGUACGCAGGGGGAAAAAUCACCUUUGGACAAACACAACAUGUAAAACGCCUCACUUGACGGAUAUUCAACUGGAUUUAGACGCUCGUCACAUUUCAGAAUGGUUUUGGAAAUUCAAACCGUUGUGUCGUCACGACAGUCGAUCAUUUAGAGCGCUUCACUUUGCAAGAUCGUGAGGAAAAUACUCAACAAUUUUUCGGAUGACGAACCGAUAACCGUUGUCACAAGUGUGGAAACAACAAUUUAAGGAAGACUGCGUAGGAGGCCAUCGGCCGUCAGGAAGUUUUAUUCGGGCUGCGGAGGGGAAAUCAUCCACCGUGCCGUGCUGCUGUCACAUGCAUCCAGUGAGCUGAAGUGAGGUACAUGUGCUUGGCCUCAAAUGAUCUCCUGAUUUCGGUCCAUCUGUGUGCACCGAGGACAUCACGCCCUCUUGAGCAAACCGCAAACAAGAUGGAGACUGAGCUGAAGAGGAGAAAAUACUCCACCAGCAGCAAUGACUCUGACACCACUGAUGGAUGGAAUUUCAGAUAUGACACUUCAGUUUCUUGCAGGUCAUGUGACAACCUGGUCACGGUCAUCAAAGAACAUGGGGACCAACAGCACAUGGAUUCGCAAUGAGCAGAAUAAACCGUCAGAGGUGUUUCGGACGGACUUUAUAACAGCCAUGAAGUUGCCUGAUUCAGCACAGUUGAGUCCAGAAGAGUUUUAUUUCCUGUCAGACCCGUGGAGGCAGGAGUGGGAGAAGGGUGUUCAAGUCCCAGCCAAUGUGGAAGCCAUUCCUGAGCCUGUGGUCAGAAUGCUUCCAGAGGCAAGUGGGAUCCCAUUCUUCUCACCCACUUAUAACAGAGGACAGGCAGUAUUUGGGUUUGGAGAGUCACGUGGGCUCACUGAACAAAUUAGUCGAUAUGAUCUGGAUGAUUUGGACGUGUCCUGGCUUGAACUGGUUAAUGCUGAAUUCAGACAACUAGCACUGCCGGAGCUGGAUGAGUUGAGUAUGGAGCAGGCGCUGCUGGAGCUGGAAAGCAGGUGUGAGCAGAACAUGCAGCAAGCCAUUGAGACGGAAAAGGGGCUCGGCAUAGAGUACGACGAGGAUGUGGUGUGUGACGUGUGCCGCUCACCCGACGGCGAGGAUGGCAAUGAGAUGGUGUUCUGUGACAAGUGUAACAUAUGUGUGCACCAGGCGUGCUAUGGCAUCUUGAAGGUGCCGCUGGGUAACUGGCUGUGCCGCACGUGUGCCCUCGGAGUGCAGCCUAAAUGUUUGCUGUGUCCCAAGAGAGGAGGAGCUCUGAAGUCCACUCGCAGUGGAACAAAGUGGGUCCACGUCAGCUGUGCCUUAUGGAUUCCAGAGGUGAGUAUCGGCUGCCCUGAGAAGAUGGAGCCCAUUACAAAAGUAUCUCACAUCCCAGCUAGCCGAUGGGCCCUGUCCUGCAGUCUGUGCAGGGAACACACCGGCACAUGUAUACAGUGCUCCAUGCCAUCCUGCAUCGUCGCCUUCCACGUUACCUGUGCGUUUGAGCGUGGACUAGAGAUGCGCACUACUCUGGCAGAGAACGACGAAGUGCGCUUCAAAUCAUACUGUUUGGAGCAUAGUAGUGUGUCUCACUCCAGCAGCUGUGGCGGAGCUGUAGACAGAGUCGAAUCCCGUCACGCGGGGGCCAAUCCGUCUGAGACAGAGCUGCAGAAGAGCAGUGAGCGCAAGCAGAAGCUACAGGAGCUUCAAGAUGACUUCUACAGAUUAGUGGACCCCAAGGAUGUGGCCGAGAGUCUUUGUCUUCCAGAUGUGCACCUGGACUUCCUCUAUCAAUACUGGAAACUGCGGCGGAAGGCCAACUUCAACCAGCCGCUGGUGACCCUGAAAAGAGAUGAGGUGGACAAUCUGGCCCAACAGGAGCAGGAUGUCUUGUAUCGCCGACUGAAGCUCUUCACUCAUUUACGACAGGAUCUAGAGCGGGUCAGGAACUUGUGCUACAUGGUGACACGACGAGAGAAGAUCAAACACUCCCUAUGCAACCUGCAGGAGAAGAUAUUUAACCUGCAGAUCCAGCUGUUAGAGGAAGACCUGAACGGAGAAAGAAUUCUGAGAGGUGAAAGAGGUCAUCGUAACUGGGUCAGAGAGCGCGGGAAAGAGCGGAGGAAGAGAAGUCCAGACAAGAAAGACACCUGGAGAGCAGACAGCAACUCCCUCUUCAGACAGCUGGGUUUUUCCAAAUCAUUCCCUCUGGACGGUUCACUGUUUGACAGCUGGCUGGCUCAGUCUGUCCACAUCAGUGCUGACAACAUGUUAAGCCGCUGGUCAGGAGAGACUACAGACCCAUCGGCCAGAUUGCUGUCAGACCAGCUGCUGCAAGGUGAGGAGAACCUCCUCAGCCUCAUGAUGGACCACUCCAUCAAAUCCACCUGGAAAACACCACAGCUGGGCCGCAGGACAAGGGGCCGCAGGAAGACUGGCUCACUUCCACGUACCGGAUCCAUCGUUAAAGGCAAGAUUUCAGCUGAGGGCCAGCAAGGAGAGGGAUCGCAUCACCGCCACCGUCGCGCAUGCAGCAGUGAGGACAAACACGACUCUCUGCAGCCUCCCUGCUCCAAAAUGGAUUCUUGCCACAUUUCUGAGGAUCGCAGCUCUGGUGAUGCCACUGUGAGCACUGGGGCUGCUUCCUCACGCCCUGACGCAGAUAUUGGCAAGAGACCACAGGCGGCCUUGCGUCUGCCGAGACAGGGCAAGUCACGCUUUAAAAGUCACAUGACGGUGGUCUUGCCACAGAACGGCACUGGGAACAACUUGUCGGUACUGGACACUGAAACUGACGGAUAUUUCUCCGACGUAGAACACAGUGACUCAGAUUUGCGCUCCAACAGCCAAAAGUUGCGCUUGCCCCAACUGCAUGCAGGGAAUGAGGAAGUAGUGUGGCAAAGCGUACUCGCCUCCUAAAACUCCAUCAAAACACACAAUGCUGACAUUGUUUUUGGAUGCCAUGGUACCAUUACUAUAGUAUAUACAGUACUUCAUCAAUAAGACAUGCCGUUUUCUAGAUACAUAAACUGUAAUAGCUUGUGAAAUCUUUUUUCUCUUUGUUUUUAAGUCAGUUGCCUACAUUUAUGCAAACGUGACCAUUUGCGCUUGACAAAACAAAACGGAAAACAAUACUCGGUUUGUGGAAAUGAACACACUGUAGGAUGUGUCAUCUCGUGAAGCAAUGGGGUCUGUCCUGGAUUAGGGCUGAUGACGUGGGCAUUAUGACAGUCUGCUUUUCAAUGAAUAUGUUGUUUGUCUGCAGAGGAUGUGGCUUAUACAGCCACUCAUUUUAUAAUGAUAUACAGAGAAAAUAUGAUGCAUUUUUUAAAGCACAAAUAGUGUUGGGAGAAUAUAGCACACAUGUACCUGUCAUACCUAGUGCUUCAUUUGUAAUGACGGAGACAAGACUAGACAUACCAGUACCAAGUGUACACUCCAGCCCAGUACACACUAGACCACUGCCAGUGCAUGCCUUUAAGGCUUCAUUCACACCGCAAUCCAAGGUGUCCAAUUCUGAUUUAAAUGCACCCCUAAAAUGACCCGUUUGCUACUCUGACAUGUUCAUCAGAGGUAAACAAAUGGAGCCAAUGCUAAAGAAGCUUUUGCUAAAGACUGCCGACAAAUUGCAUGUGGAUUAAUUAUGAGACCUUCAUCAUCUUUAUAGAUGCAUUUACUGUUUACAAACAAACACUCCAUGGUUCAUAUAGUCUUCUGGUAUAGAGUGGUUUUAGAUGAUCACUUCAUUCAAAAUGACCAAAAAAGUGCUGUUUGUGGGUUUGAAACACCCUGUUUCCCAAAGAUUAUUGGAGAUUUGGGCUUCUUUAGAUUUCAUUUAGGACCAGUGGACCAGGACAAACUCAGGAUUUGGCAUCAAUUAUGAAAUGUUGCAGAUCAUUAUCAUUGUGACUGCCUCCGCACUAUUAAGACCUGAUUGUCCUGCAGCUGCUGCUGGUAAAUUUGAAUAAAAUAUUGAUCUUUUUUUAAUUUCUAAAGCACAAUCACUGUGACAGAUAUGAGGCCAAAUAAGAUCUAAUGGUGAUCUUAUAUAAACACGACCUCCAUGUAGAAUCUAAUGCGAUGAACAUGACCCAUUCUUGCCACCACCGCCGCACAUAUUGGCUGUUUUUGAAAGGAUAAAUAACUUAAUACUACUAAAAUAUGACUUUUAUUACAUUUGAAUAUUGAAUAAGUCAAAUAUUAUUCACUAUUAUUAUACUGUGUAAUACUGUUAUUUUAUAAUUCACUAUUUGAGGAAAAAAUAAGCAAAAAUUUGUGCAGUUAGACAGCUCCAGACAUUCUUGCGCACUUCACAUGCAACGUUUCAUAGGCGUCAUUUCCCGAAAGACAAAAAAACUACUUGAAAUCCGAUCUGACCAUUCAGACUGAGACAUUCGAAAAAUCUGAUUUUAAUUGGAUUUCAAACCACAUACGGAUGGAGUUUUGUAAAAACAGGAUUCUCUGAGUUUGCUGUCCAGACUAAAAAUAACAAGUUGAAUGUAUGCUAAAAAAAACAGAUUUUUAUGCCUGUGGAAAAAGUAUUCUUCAUGCCAAGGGUAAAUGAAGUGCACAAUUAUGACGAAUGUCACGUUAGAUUGAUGUAAAAAUCACAUGAAUUGCAACUGGACUGUUUGCACUCAAGUCACAGUGCAAAAAAUUAGAUACAUAUCACAUUUAUUUCUGCAUAUGAAAGUGACCAGAUCUGAAUUGAAAAUGUCAGAUGUGAUUUUUUUAUUUUUUAUUUAUUUUUUUAUAUAUCUAUAUACACAGCUCACACUGUCAUCCAAAACCAGAUCUGUGUAACACAUGAGGGAGAGAAAUGUGAUUUGGGCCACUUUCAUCUGCGGUGUGAACAGAACCGAUUUGGUUCCACUGGCUUUGGUUCGGAAAGAAUCAUUCACAUCUCCAGUAAAAUAAGUGUGCCUUCUGUAGCUCCCCAAAACAAGGUCACAGUCAGCUUGUUUAACCUAUUCAACACAUUGAUGGCAAUCAGAAAUGAGCAUCUUCAUUUGAAGUGUAGAGGUUUAAUGCAGUGCCUAGAAAAUCAUAGAAAUACAAAUACCAAGAGACCGUUAACCAGCUUCAAUUAAUACUUUAUUGAAUUUUACAAUUCCAAAGUAAUGUCAGUCUUUGCUAAUUCAUAUACGGCUGGUGUAAUGAAUCAACCCAUUGUGUUAUCUCAGGGUUACAAAGUAGAAGUGAUGGGAAUCAUAUUCAUGUCAAAGGUGUACAGUGUUUCUUUGGCAAAUGUUUCUUAUCAUGCCUAGUGAGCACCUUUGUUUCAGUACAAUGACCCAGGUAGAUGGAUGAAUAUGGAAUGCAAUGGAUGUAAACACUCCUGGAUGCAUCAUCAAUCGUUUGUUUUUCAUCAGAGGCUCAGUGAUGUCUUUAAUUUUCAAAUAUGUUCUGUUUAUUAGAAACAAGCAACUGAUGUAGCUGAUAUGAUGUUGUCAACCCUUAAACACACGGAAAGGUUAGUUCACCAAAACAUGAUGAUACAUUUUUCACCCUCAUGUCAUUCCAAACCGUAUGUCUUUCUACAGUGGAAGACAACAGGAGAUGUUUAGCUGAAUGUUCAUGCUGCUUUUGUUUUUUUCAUAUAAUGAAAUUAAACGGUAACUAGGGGAUGUCAAGUUCCAAAACAGACAAAAAGCACCAUACAGGGAUCAUAGAAGUAGUCCAUAAGAUUUGUGUCUUCUGAAGACAUACAAUUGCUUUUUGUGUGAAACAGACAAAAAUGUAAGUAAUUUUCCCAGCCACAGCAGCUCUCAAAAUUAAUUUGUGCAUGUUUAUAUUUAAACUUGACAUGUCAUGGUAAGUUUGAUGUCAAUAGCUGGGUUUCCAUUCACAUAUUUUAAUCAGAAUUUUGGGAUAUCGUACAAAAUGCUGGAUUGAAACACCAAGAUGCUAAUACAAUCUGCAAAAAAAGAAUAUGCUCGCUUGAGGUGGAAAAAAAAUGUAUUCGAUAAGAAGACAAACUACGAUGGAAACACAUUUAUCGAAUAAAUUCCAAUAUGUUAUGGCAUUUAUAAUCUAAAAUCUUUGGCAUCUUAUAAGGCAUCUGUUGCAAGCAAACAUGAGGUUUGUGAGAGCGUUUUGUCUGCACGUUCUAAACCGCAAGUAAGUUAUUACAUUGCCUGGCCAAAAAAAAAGUUGCCAUUUGGAUUUAAACAAGCUGAUAUUUAAGUGCCUAUGACUGAAUGAUUAUCCAAGGCUCAGCAACGUUAUGCAGCAAUAAAAUGAAGUCAUCUGACUACCUAAAUGUGCUGAAUGACCAGGUUAUCCCAUCAAUGGAUUUUUUCUUCCCUGACGGCACGGGCAUAUUCCAGGAUGACAAUGCCAAGAUUCAUCAGGCUCAAAUUGUGAAAGAGUGGUACAGGGAGCAUGAGGAUUCAUUUUCACACAUGAAUUGGCCACCACAGAGUCCUGACCUUAACCCCAUUGAAAGUCUUUGGGAUGUGCUGGAGAAGACUUUACGGAGUGGUUCGACUCUCCCGUCAUCAAUACAAGAUCUCGGCUGAAAAUUAAAGCAACUCUGGAUGGAAAUAAAUGUUGUGACAUUGAAUAAGGUUGUCGAAACAAUGCCAAGAGGAAUGCAUGCUGUAAUGAAAGCUAAAGGAGGUCCAAUGAAAUAUUAGAGUAUGCAACUUUUUUUGGUCUGACAGUGUAUAUUAAACAAAAGAGCCACUGUGGAAGCCACUUGGAAAACAAGUUCCAUUUUGUGCCAAUUUCACCAGGAGUGACAAUUUUGUCCUCUUGAACACAUGGGAAGGAAACGCUGCUUUAUUCGCAAAUUGUUUUGUGAUAUUCCGAUUUUGCCUUAUAUUAAAAUCUUAACUUGGAUGGAAACAUUGCCCAUGUGUCAUAACAAAAUGCAAUGUGCCAAGUUGAGAAUGAGAUUUAAGAGCGGUGGGGGAGGGCAAGAUUUUUAUUUAAUAAUGACUUCAGAUGUCAAAUAUUAGACUCUUUUAUCGCACAGAGCUAUUGCGUGACUUGAGAGGACUUGAAAUACCGGGCUCAAGUCUUAUGGACCUUAGUUAGGGUAGCUACAUUUACUUCAACGUGAAUGAAAAUGAGACGGUGAGGGAUAAAUGUACAGUUUGUUCAAUGAGUUGUACUGUUGUGUUCCUUGGUGUCGAUUGUUGCUGGUACAACAUUGAAAAUGUAUCUUUCCAAAGAAAUUCUGAAAACAAAAUUAAACGUUACAUAAAACCUUAAGACAGUAUCUUAACCCAGUGAACAGCCUUGUUUUAAUUUGCAUCAAAUAAAUAUUUCAUCUACCCAGACUGUAUGGAAAAGAGCAGCGUGAACAUUCUGCUAAACAUCAUCUUUUGUGUAUUGCAUAUGAAAGAAAGUCAUACAGGUUUGGAACAACAUGAUGGCGAGUAAAUGAUGACAGAAUUGUCAUUUUUGGCUGAACUAUCCCUUUAAACUGCUUUACUCAUCCAGCCGAAUCAAGCGGCUCUCUGACUCUUCAUUCAGUUUGUCAUACAGUCGUUAGACAAACACUCUGUACAUAUCUCAUGUAUGGUAGCUGCUUCAGUAGGGACUCAUCAUAGAUGCUUCAGUAUGCACCAAACACAGACAUGGAUACUGUGCCUUUAGUGAUCUAGUUUAAACCCAUUUGUAAGGGUUCAUGCUGCUUUUUUCAUGCCUAGUUGCCGUUUGUGUACCAAAACUGAAACAUAUACUCGGAUUACUGCUUGACCACUGUACAUGCUCAGCUUUUGUCAAUUAAUGUUUUUCUACCCACAAACCCUCAAACCCCUGCUGUACCGGAAUAGAGUAACAUGAAAAAUCCCAUCAUUACACGUGUAUUUGUGUAGAGCGCUGACGGCUGCAAACACAAAGGCUAACUACUGCACUUGUUAGUCUUUAGAUCACCACUUUUAGUUUUUCCUGCAAUGUAGAAAGGCAGAAUAUCAAGAAAAUCUUUUCUGUGGGUUUGAGCACUUCGUUAUAACCACAGCAUGGGUUUAAGCUUGCUUAGAGACGUUUAUUUAUACCCUCUUUGGUGAAAUGAGGUCAGUGACGGCAAUUCAUUCCUCUGCUGGAAUUUAUUAUUCAUUUCAUAUUUGAAAUGUCUGGGUCAUAUUUCACCCCACAAUCAAAAGAAGAAUUUUGUAACACUGGUAUAAUCCUUAUGCGUGCAGCUUUCACAUUAAUUGACAGACUACAUGAAAUGUUCUUAUUUUAUAAAUUCAUUUUUCAGACUGCAGGACCAUUUAAAUGAAGUGAAGGCAAAAAGGCCAAAAAAAUGGUCAAAAAUAAUAUUUACAUUUUUUGUAUUAUGAAAAUGUAACCUGUGUUUAAAAAAUAUUUUUUGCAUUAAUACAUUAUUUUUGUGACAAACACAUUGUCCCUAAAUAUCAUUAGAGUAAUGCUUGUAAUCCAGUAAUUAACAAAGUGGGGUUAACUAUGACCUGUAUGUUUUUUUUUUGUUUUUUUCUUCGUGGGAUUUAAUCCAGUCUCUCAAUAAACCUCCAUGAACCUGAGGUUCAUCCGCUGUAGAAGCUUGUCAGGAAAGAUAUUUACCUGCUCCAACAUGCUUUUGUUGUCAUAUGAAAGUGGGCUCUAGGUCCAUUUUCUCUCCUGCCUGUUUAAUAUUCAAUACCAGGUCCCUGUCAGGAGCGUUCAAGUGUUUUUUUUUUUUUUUUCUUGAAGGAGUAGAUCAGGGUCAGGAGAGGAUUUAGAAUAAUCACGAUAUGAUCAUUUGAAUGUUGCAGGAGUUUCUCCUUGUCCUUUGUUUCAAAGAUUCUUGUGCCAUUUGUUAAUAGCAGAGAAAAUGAUUGAACACAGAACAAAGAAGAGCUAUUUUAAAUUAUUUUAGGCUUUUUUUUUUUUUUUUUUUUUUUUUUUGCUAUAUUUAUUUUCUUGUAUUGGAAAUCUUUUACUUGUAUUGGAAGUAUUUUUCUUCAGUGCAAAAAAAAAACAACUCUUUUUGUACAUUUGUCCAUGUUAAGCAGUCGUUUAGAGCAAUAUAAUGUUCAUGUGACUGUAUUUGCAUGCUGUUUGUGAUGCCUUAAUCAUCGCCAGUGCUCGGCUGUGUUCGACCAGUGCAGUCAAUAAAGCUGUGCUUCAAAUCCUAA